GAGGGCUAAGAGCUCACAAGCUGUUGAUUUUGUUUUGAAAGAUGAACGGAUUGGCAUGACUUGUCCAUGGAGUGGGUUUUCGUUGGGAAACCGAUGAUGGGUUUAUUGUUAUAGGUUCAUACGGGCAUAUAGUAGUCAAUACCUGUUUUUGUCGUUUACAGGCUACCGAGUUGCAAAAGCGCGCUCAGCAUGUGUGUUUCCUUUCGGCACAUUGUCAGCAUGAGAUCCUCUGAUGGUUAAUAGCUUGAGUGUCAGUCUGAAAGGGCAUGUCAAAGCAUCAAUGUUGUAAAUGUAUAAUGUGUCUCCGAGUGUAGUUCCUGUGCUAAGAGAUAUUACGAACCUAUGAGUCAGACCACUUCCCAUCACUCUGGGUGAUCGUAUUCAUCUGCAGUCGGGCAAGAAGGAUCCAUUUUAUCCAUGAUCAUAGUCUGCCUCGAAAAACAAGAUUGCAUUUCAUACUUUAUCUUGCUUCAGAACCCGGUAUAGGCCAGGUUCCAUCUUCGAAGGAAAAAGUGCGUGAGAUAGUCGGCGCGGGUAGACCAAGAAGCCAAAUUAGGAGUUGCGAUAGUUGUCCCAUCAAGAGGAGUGGCGAGAGGAAGUAGCAUGAGCACACGCCUUCGAAACUCUGGUGAGAAUCUUUGACGUUAUCUGCCACAAGCCCUCUCCUGUUGCCAAUAUCGCAUUUUCAGCAGUCUACACUUGACCAUUUUGCCAACCGUGCUGUUGCUGACGGGUCGUCGUCACUGACCGGCGCGAAGAAGCCGAGGCUGGAGAUGCAGUCAAAAGUGAACAGCGGACCAGCACGAAACGGCGUUUAUCUUGAUCUGACCAGCUUGUCGCCUUCGGCAAUGGAAGAUUCAAAGUAUGGUUGUGGCUUUGGUGGGGAUGCAAAAGGCAAGGGAAAGGCUCCUGCUGGUAGGCCUGAUAGCCCCAUUGCUGUGACUGCACCACUAGCGCGGGGCAGAAGAGAACCUGGACAAAAGCUGGUCAUUAAAAGUUUUAAAGUAAAGCCAAAGUUACCGGAAAAUUUUGUCACCGACACAUGGAAAAAGCUGGAGCAGGCUGUCCAUGCUGUUCAUGAGAGUAGGCCCGUUGCAGAUAGUCUGGAAGAACUGUACAAGGCGUGCGAAAAUCUUUGUCAUCACAAGAAAGCGGAUGAAUUAUACUCAAAAUUACGGGACGUCUGUGAUCAGCACAUUCAAAAGGAAUUAGGAAAGAUUAAAAGUACCCAUGAUAUUUCUAUAUUGAAGAUCGUUCACGAAUGUUGGAGCAACCAUUGCAGACAGAUGAUCUUAAUCAGGAGUAUCUUCCUGUACUUAGACCGCACCUACGUCCUGCAAACAUCUGGAUUGCGGUCACUAUGGGACAUGGGCUUGGAUCUUUUUCGCGAGAGGAUAAUGGAUGACAUGCAGCCGGUAAAACUGAAAACCGUCAAAGCCCUACUGGACGAGAUAGAGCGAGAAAGAAACGGAGAACAAGUAGAGCGCGAGCUUCUCCGAUCACUGCUUCGUAUGUUUCUCGAGCUGUCAAUAUACUUUUCAGGCUUCGAUGCCGCUUUUCGUGAGCGGACGGAAUCGUAUUAUAGAGAGGAAAGUGAUAGACGGAUAAAUGCUCUGGACAAUGAGGGAUCGGGGGGAGGAAACGUAGCACGGUAUUUGGAACAUGUAGAGAUUCGGCUUCAGCAAGAAGUUGAGCGCUGCUCCGCUGGUCUGGGAUAUCUUGAUGCUGGCAGCAAGAAGGGACUUGUUACUGUCGUAGAGACACAACUCCUCAAAAGACAUGUCAAGACCUUGCUUGAUAAGGGAUUACAUGAGCUCAUGGAGGACACUCGCACCACGGAUCUGGCAAGAAUGUAUACAUUGUUCAACCGCGUAGGAGCUACAGAGGACCUUCGAAAAGCCUUUUCACAGUACAUACGGAAAACGGGAUUGACCCUCGUCAGCAGCGAAGCUCGAGAUCCGACCAUGGUCGAUGAUCUUCUCAAAUUCAAAACGCGAGUAGACCAUCUGUGGGAAAAAUCGUUUGCCAAAAAUGAAAGCUUUGGCAACGCGUUGAGAGAAGCGUUCGAAUUCUUCAUCAACCAACGUCAAAACAAACCUGCGGAGUUGAUCGCAAAGUAUGUCGAUGUCAAGCUCCGAAGUGGCAAGGGGGUGACGGAAGAAGAACUUGAGGUUGCACUGGAUCAGUGUCUGGUCUUGUUCAGAUUUAUUCACGGAAAGGACGUCUUUGAAGCUUUCUAUAAGAAGGAUCUGGCAAAGCGACUGCUACUCCAGCGCAGUACCAGCGUAGACGCUGAGAAGAGCAUGUUGAGUAAACUGAAAACUGAAUGUGGGCCUAAUUUCACAUCGAAAUUGGAGGGAAUGUUCAAGGAUGUGGAAAUCUCUCGAGACUACAUGACAAGUUUCCGUGAGUCUCCACGAUACACCAACCAGCUUGGAGCAAUCGAGCUUUGUGUCAACGUGUUGACGCAAGGGUACUGGCCGACGUAUCCGCCAAUUAACGUCAACUUGCCAGAUGAGUUAUCACAUUGCCAAGAUGUAUUCAAGGACUUCUACAUGCAUAAGCACAGCGGUAGGAAGUUGACGUGGCAGAAUUCCCUUGGCACUUGCAUCCUCAAGAGCAAUUUCAACAAGGGCAAGAAGGAGCUCUCGGUAUCGCUGUUCCAAGCGAUUGUCCUCCUCUUGUUCAAUGACGAGACACAUCACACGUACACAGAAAUUCGAGAAGCUACAGGGUUAGAGGACAAGGAGUUAGAGCGAACUUUGCAGUCUCUAGCAUGUGGCAAAGUUCGUGUCCUAAACAAAACCCCCAAAAGCAAGGACGUCUCUCAUUCCGAUUCGUUCGAAUUCAACGCGAGCUUCGAAUAUGCGUUGUAUCGAGUCAAGAUCAAUCAAAUCCAGAUGAAGGAGACAUCCGAGGAACAAAAGGAUACUGAGGAGCGGGUUUUCCAAGACCGGCAGUACCAGGUCGAUGCAGCAAUUGUUCGCAUCAUGAAGAUGCGCAAGACAUUGAGUCAUUCAUUACUCAUGACGGAACUGUUUGAUCAACUAAAGUUCCCUAUUAAGGCUGCCGAUCUGAAGAAAAGGAUCGAGUCCCUUAUUGACCGUGAUUAUCUCGAGAGGGAUGCCAAAGACCCGACUGUAUACAACUAUUUGGCCUGAUCCGCGGCCUCUGGCGCUCUCAAUGUAAUUAUGCAUAUAUCAAAUAGCCCGUUUCUUCUUGAUCUGGGUUCUGGCCAUUUGAAACAUGGCCUUUUACAUAUCUCGUUGAAUAUAUUGUGUAUUGAAUUCGUUCUUUGGCGCCAAUCGCCAGUGGCCGUGCAAGCCACA